GGCGUGUCCCUCUUCAGUUGCCGUUCACGGACGAACUGUCAAAGCGACAAAAACGGAGUGCAACAGAGCAAGUAUGCAACAUACUUCCAGCCCCAGACUGCUCUCAAAAGUACUUAUUGUCUGAAAACAUCAAGGAUCUUUACAGUCAGCUUGGUUAACCUUCAUCUGGUGCCGUGAAUAUCAGUGGAUACGCGCGUGAAGGACGCACAGGCCCAGUGUGUGUACGAUGGAUUCAUGGGUGAGAUUCAGCUCGCAGAGUCAAGCCAAAGAACGCGUGUUCAGGGCUGCCCAGUACGCCUGCACGCUUCUGGGUUACACGCUGCAGAGAGGAGGAGCCAGACCAGAGCUGCUCAGCACCAUUAAACAGCUGGAAGCCCACAUGAGCCUGACCAGAAAAUUGAUGCGGUUAGGGAACUCCGCUGAGGCUCUGGAAGCGGCGAAACGCACUGUGCAUCUGUCCGACUGUGUGCUGCGUCUCUGCAUCACAGUGGCCCAUCUCAACCGAGCGAUGUAUUUUGCCUGUGAUAAUGUACUGUGGGCCGGCAAAACAGGACUGCUGCCCGAACUGGACCAAAACAAAUGGAGCCAGAGGUCGUUUAGAUACUAUUUGUUCGCACUCAUCCUCAAUUUAACCCGAGACGCUUAUGAAGUCCGUCUGCUGAUGGAGAGAGAGUCCCGCUGCAGUUCGGCUAAAAGCUUCAGCUCCGCUCCGUCUUCCCUCACGCCGACCCCAGAGAACGGAGAGUUCCCUUUAACCCCGUCUCCUUCCUCAGCGAUGUCUCCCCUCCCGAUGCUCACGGCCAGCCUCAACAAGCAGUUCUGUCUCUUGAUCACUGUGCUGCGCAACAACCCUCCGCUGCUCCUGGACCUCCUGAAGAACCUCUGUGACGUGUUCAUACCCCUGGACCGGCUGGGUUUGUACCCCACGGGGUCGGGUUUUGUGGGAGCCUGCGGCCUCACGUCCUCCAUCCUGUCCAUUCUCACUAUAGUUCACCCCUGGCUCAAACUCAAGCCCUGAGUGACAUCAUCACAACUACAUAUCCUGUUGCUUUGUUUCCAAAGUGAACCUCUCCUUGAUAACGGAAAGAGGAAUGUUUGCUCCUCUCUAACAGUUUAAUUGCACGUUCAAAACUGUGGAAAAACUAAAAACAAGAUCUGGCCUAAUCUGAUUAAAACAAACAAAAAAGCUUUGUUAAACAAGUCUGUUGAAAGGAAAGUAAGUCUGAACAUGUCCUAGUCUGUAGUUCUCAGUUCUAGUGUAGUAAAAGAACUACAAACGGUACACUUACUAUUCAGAAUCAUACCUUUCUCUUAAGGAUGAAUCACGUGAAGAAAUGUCAAGGUCAAUUUUCAUUCCUAAAUGAAUUAAAUCUAGUACAAUAAAUACUAUCAUGACUUUUACAGAUGUAAAGCAAAAAAACAAAAGUACUAACCUUGUAUAAUACUUAAUUUUCAUUCCCAUAUGUUUGUCCCCUUA